CUAUCUCACCUCACCUCAAAAAUUUUGGGUUCUAGUACCGUCAUCGCGGGGUCUUGCGUACUGGCAUUCUACCGUGGCUGCUAUUAUUUGAUGGACUUGCUCAAGCUCCUCUGUUUUCUGACAUCUGUUUCUCUAGGAGUUGCAGCAGAGCAUGCAGACCUUGAAGUUUAUUGGAAAUCCAAGCUUCCAAACACUCCUAUGCCGAAAGCGGUCAGAGAUAUCAUACAGAACGGAAAGCCUCCAGGAGUUGGCGGUCUCAGCGCAAGUCCCCAGGCCAUCCCAUUCCGUUUUGGUAGAAGAUAUUUUACUUAUGGCCAUGGGGUGGUCAGAGAUGGUAAAAAUCCUACCGAAGGCCAACUCCGUAAUCACCAAAACGUAACAGUUUUCUUCUUGAAAAGGGACCUGCAUGGUGGCUCAAUCAUGAAUCUGCAGUUUGUUAAUUUACUGGACAAUACUACGGCCUUCCUACCCCGCCAGGUGGCUGAUUCCAUUCCCUUCUCGUCCAAAUCUGUUCCCGAAAUUUUGAACAAAUUCUCAGUGAACCCAAAUUCAGUACAAGCCGAAGCUAUCAAGGAACUGAUAGCAGACUGUGAGGAGCCUGGGAACGAAGUGGAAGACAAGUACUGCGCGACAUCUCUCGAGUCUAUGGUUGAUUUCACAACUUCCAAGCUGGGGAAAAAUGUCGGAGCAAUUUCAACCGAAGCCCAGAAAACAGAUCCGAAAAUCUUAAAAUAUGUUAUUGUGGAUGUUUUCAAGUUGAACGACGAUGAUAAAGCAAUCGUUGCUUGCCACAAGCAAAACUAUGUCUACGCAGUUUUUUACUGUCACACCCUGCGGCGUACCGAUGCAUAUAGGGUUAAUUUAGUUGGAGCUGAUGAUGGGGCAAAAGUCAAGGCUGUGGUAGUUUGUCACGAGGAUACAUCAGCAUGGGACCCAAAACAUGUAGCUUUUCAGCUGCUAAAGGUGAAGCCUGGAAAUGUUCCAAUCUGCCAUUUCCUUCCUGAGGAUCACUUUGUCAGCUGGGCUCUAAAGCACUGAAUAUUCUGCACAAAGCUUCUGCGGCUUGGGAGUUCUACUGAUUUAUCUUCCUAUAAUCAAGUUAAUCCUUGUUUAGUCUCUUCUCUAUCUCUAUUAAUUGGUUGUAUUAAUUAUCCAUUAUGUCAGUGUAAUAUUCCCCAAUUGUAAAGGUACCUGGACUCUUACCCAAAAAAAAAAAAGUACGAUCAUCCUACAAGCUAUAACCAAAGGUACCCUAUCAAAUUUUUAGCAUCUUUUUUGGUAGAUAAAGAUGCAUAGAUAAAUUAAAAGGAGCAAGCAAUUAUUUAUAAAGCAAACGAGCAGCAAAGACUCCAAUUCAGUC